AUGGAGAACUUGUCCAUCAUAGUUAGUUUUGAGCUGACCCUGGAUCCAUUUUCCAUCCCUCCAGGAGCAAAAUAUCCCAUAUUUAUCUUUGGCAUCUUCAUCUACAUGUUCGGCGCCUUUUGCAAUCUGACACUUUUGCUUCUCAUUUUUCUGACAGAAAGUCUUCACAAGCCAAUGUACUUCAUUCUGUUCAGCCUCCCUCUCAAUGAUUUUGUCGGGAUCACAUCCAUGCUUCCCAAAGUUCUCUCUGACAUUUUGACAGAAACCAAUAACACGUACUAUCCUCUCUGUGUGCUGCAGGGAUUUCUGCUCCACAUGUAUGGAGGAGGUGUUUUGUUUGUCCUUGCUGCGAUGGCUUUUGAUCGCUACAUUGCCAUUUGUAUGCCGCUACGAUAUAAUGCUCUCAUGACACCAAGAGCUGUGAUGGGAAUUGUUGCUUUAGUGUGGGGCCUUGACCUAUUUUUCAUUAUUUUGCUGUUUGCCUUGCAGAGCAAGUAUUCCAGAUGCAGAUCUGACAUUUUGAAUGUGUUUUGUGAUAACCCUUCUUUACUCAAGCUGACUUGUAGCAAUACUAUAGUGAGUAAUAUAAUAGGCUUGUUCAACACAGCCAUGAUCCAGAUUAUUAGUGUUUCCAUUCAAGCAUUUUCCUAUGUGAAGAUUUUGAUUACCUGCUUGGCUACGAGUAAGUCUGAUGCAAAGAGUAAGGCCAUUAACACGUGUGUUUCUCAGCUGGUUAUUUUCAUCAUGUUUGAGAUUGUAGCAACUUUCACUAUCCUGUCGCACAGGUUUAAAUCUGUAAAUGCAGAUCUACAAAAGAUUAUGGGGAUGCUCAUAUUUUUAGUGCCUCCACUUCUGAAUCCAAUAGUUUAUGGACUCAACAGUCAUGAAUUACGAAAUAAUCUGCUUAAAAUCAUACACAGGAAAAUAGCCCAGAUGUAA